AGACCUGGGGCUCGUGUUCGCAGACUCGUCCCAAUAUGGCGCCCACGCCGGAUCACUCGUGUUUUUACUAUAACCGCCAACUUGCCAUCCACUUAGCCUGCUGAUCUCUUCUGCUGCAGCUUUUACUACCAUCGCCAAGUCCUGGUCAGCGACAACUUUUGUUUUCAAGUUGGUGUCCGUGUGGCCGCUUUAUUCAAUCAUUUGUAAGGUUUGUUUGUUUACAAGUUGGCUUUAACUCGACCGGCUAAGUUGAUGGUGGUCAGUGUUAUUGUCAUGACUGCAUCUUUGAGAGACACUAUAGAAGUGAUGGCCUGUCACCUGGAAAAAGGAAGAGGAGGAGGAGGUUUGUUGCUGUCAUCCAUACACUAAAGCCCUCGUUAUCAGGUCACCAAGUGAUGAUUUUAGCCUUCUACCCGUAAUGCGGCCUUCGGUCCACGUGGGAAAGUUAAAUGGAAGACGAUAUAGAGGAGCAUGUGUGGGGCAUGACAGGUGAGAUGACAGACUGUGACGGACGUUACUACAUCAUCAACAGGCAGCGCGAGCAGACAGCUCCGUCACGCUCUGUGCCCUCGUUCCUGUCAUUUCCUUCUAAAUGUUUUGUGGAUUCCUUGACAUGUUUGGUGGACCAACAGCCCAGCAUUGCCUCCAGACCUGAUGGUUUGAUCCCCAGGAUCGGAGUCUUCUGGAACUACUCAUCUCCUGGACUGUAUCUUCGUAAGCCUUCAAGUGGAAGUAAUCCAGAGAAGGGAUCUUACAACCUGACAGUCUAGCACACGUGGAAAUAAUCCAGACAGGAGGGAUCUUACAACCUAAAACACAAGAGCUGCCCGUGGAAUACGAGGUUUCUGCUGGCGCCUGGAGCGUGUGGCAGACCUGUGGGAUCAAGUCCGCACCGAGCUGCAGCAGGAGCGACAUCAGCAGCUGCAGAAAAAGGUUGUUCUGCAGCGACAACUGCUUCGUGCGCAGGAUUACCUGGCUGUGUGUCACCGCCAGAAGCAACAAGAGAGGCUCUUACAGGGUACCUGUGCGUGAGACACGAUGGAACACAAGCGCCGCACGGAGGCCAAACAUCGGCGCCGGACGACCGAGGCCGCCUUAGUCGACGUAUGCAAGCAGUCACUGGAUAGCGACAGAGAGAGGGCUAUAGCAGAGCGGCAGGUGCGAGAGAUAAGGGUGGUUGCUCCCAGACAGGCCGACCAUGCAGGUGAGGGUGACAGUGCGAGCGUGGUGCCAAGGCGACGACAUGGAGCGUGGCAGCGCCCGGGUUACCAGCACAAGCAGCUCCUGUCCCUGACUUCCACAAAGGAGCCUGGCAACGACCAGAGACAAGACAGGCCGGCAGGAGCAGAUAAUGGAGCACCGGAAGGGACAGAAAGUAGCGCCAAAGAGACGUUGUCAUGGCAACGCUCCAAUGAACGUCAACGACCUGGGCAACAGAUGGACAGCACCCAGACACCCAGACUCUCACAGCAGGCUAGCAACAAGCUCAACAGCUUCAAAGGCCACAUUGGGGCAGGGGAGCUGUGGGACGUGCUGCGAGAGGAAUCAAAGACAAAACUAGUGCAGAGUGAUCAGCGUUUCCCACAGGAACUGAAGGCAGCAUUUGGAGCGUUUGUGCGUGAGCGGCUGACCAAACACUGCCCACCUGUGCAGCGCAGCUUCUGUGCCAGUGAGGAUGUCCCAGACAUUGAUCAGCUGCUAGACCAAUCCCACCUGCAACACACAAAAAUGCUGCGUCACAAGGCAGAACUGAUGUAUCGGGCUUCCCUCAACAACAGAGACCGCACAACUAUCCUUAUGUACAACAACCCUUUGCCAGAUGUAGCAGACAGCAGCCAGCAAGACAGCAUCAGUCGCUACAUACCAUCAUGGGAAGAGGCUGACCAGGAAAAACCUGCAGCCGAGUACAUGAAGUGGUUGACAUCUUCUGGGGACAAAGCUAACAGCAGGGGUGAGGACCAGAGGAAUACAAGACAUUCUGCCCACAGCUGCCAGUUGAGUGAGUCUGCUCAGGAAUUACAGAAUAUCUGGCUGAGCAUCGCACAGCAACGACACAAGCACAGCAAGACUCUACGGUACCACUUUUUGACAGAUAAAGGUGCAGAGAGUGAUGGUACAUUUUCAAAGAAGUUCCAGGAAGAGCAGUCAACAACCAGCUUGCACCAGAUCAGGCCAGAUUUCAAGUCCCACUCUGCUUUGGAAUUGUCACAUGAUGAACCAGAGGUUUCUGCAACUUCAGUUCAGGAGAGAGGACACUCGGCCGACAUAGAGACCCUGCAGAAGUUCCGGUCAGACUGGCAGCCCCUGAGUAUGACAGCAUUGAGGGAGUACAAAAAACAGAUGGAGACAGGAGGAAGUGGAAGCUUUGGACAGGGACGAUCAAAGAUGUGGCCUGUUGUAUCAUUUACUUAAUGGUAUUUGUCAAGUUUGGUUUUUUUUUUUAAAUGUCAUUGCAUCAGCUAUAAUUUUUAAUGUAACAGGGAUUUCAAAGUUACGCCGUUAAGGAGCAUAUCCAGAGAAAUCACUAAUAGCCCUGGAGCUGUUGCCUACUUCCCUUGUCUAGUACAUUCAUUAGUUGGAGCGUAAUGUGAGUGACCUCUUCAGGACAGGGUGAUGGGGUUGUUUUUUUUUUUUUUUUCGCUUUGAUAUUAUGUAUAUUGCUUACUUGAGGCUGUUCACCAUCACAUCAUUACAUGUCCAAAGAACUCAUAAGACAGGUCUAAGCUGUUGAUUUCAUCCAAGGUUGUUUUAGAUUUCAUGCUGCUCUUAAAAUAUUCUGCAUCCUUCUAAAUUAACAUCCACUUAAAAAUUUUAGUGAAAUUUUCAGCGUUAUUUAGCACUUUUAUUUUGCUGAAGUUAAUAAACAAUUUGUUCUGAUUACUUAAGUGAGACACAGAUGUGACAUCCCUAUCAGGAGGGUGGGAAGUUGUCAGAUCUGACCUCAAGACAAGAUGUGGGAGUGAAAGCGUGGUCUACAUGAGACCUCAGAUUAUAUGCUAAUGUGUCAUCCAACAUCUGUCGUGUGCCUUGGAUUAUAUGGUUCAACCCACAUACUUUCAUUAGACUUGGCAGUGUAAAGAAUAUGUACAAUUUAAUGUUUUGUAAAUACACGUAUUGCUGUGAUAAUCUGAAAGCCACAUGGCCUUGCUAUCAAGCUUAUUUUUUGUUACCUACAUGGACAUUACAUGUGGCUGCCAGUACCAAGUGUACUUUUAGAAAUAAAUCCAUAACACUGAAAAAA